AUGGCCCCCUCCGUCACAUCCGCCGUAGUCGAUGACAAGCCUGAAAUAUAUGAAGACAACCACGUACACGAUGUUUACGACCAGAUCGCCUCUCAUUUUUCAUCGACAAGAUACAAGCCAUGGCCAAUAAUCGCCAAUUUCUUGGCAACAAUCCCCACCGGAUGGAUAGGCUUAGAUUCUGGCACUGGCAAUGGAAAAUACCUACCGCUUCCACUAGAACGACCAGGAAGCAUAAGGACCAUUGGCUUAGACAGAAGUCUGCCUCUGCUUGAAAUCGCAAAAACAGCUGGAGGAGUUAUUCGAGAUGUUGUGUGGGGGGACAUUCUUGGAUAUGGAUGGAGGACUGGUGCAUUUGAUUAUGCUAUCUCCAUUGCGACCAUCCACCAUCUUGCUACACCGGAGCGUCGACAAUCGGCGGUACAGCGUUUACUCGAAGCAGUUUCGCUGUCUCACGGUCGCAUUUUGAUAUAUGUGUGGGCAAUUGAGCAAGAUGAACUUUCAAAACGCACUGUGCCUAGCAAUUCUUACUCGAGCCAAAAUGGACAAGAUGUUUUAGUUCCAUGGGUCCUGGACCAGCCAUCAAAGGAAUCUCAUCAACCGGGACGUGUUCUACAACGCUAUUACCAUAUGUUUGCAAAGGGUGAACUUCCUGGGCUGGUCAUCAAGUGUGCAGAGCAGAUGGGACUGUGCAUCGGAGCUAGUUCAGAUUUUAGCACAGGCGGUUACGGCGUUGAAAUUAUUCAAGACGGCUGGGAGCGAUCCAAUUAUUAUGUAGAAUUGCGGCGAUGGCAGUCUUGA